AUGCCAAGCCUCGAAGCAGACGAGACAGCUUUUCUCCAGGCUGUGGGAAAGCAGACCUUCACGAACCCGCCUCGCGUCCUUAUCAUCGGGGCAGGAAGUCGUGGCACUGCCUACGCUGAAGCCGCGCUUUCUUCAACGAAUUCUAUCAUCGCGGCUGUAUGCGAGCCCAGUGACUACAAACGCGGUGAAUUUGGUCGCAGAUUCAUCUGGGGCAGUGGGAAUGAAGCCACUGGCAACCAAGCAUUCCGUAGUUGGAAAGACUGGAAGGAGUAUGAGGUGAAGAGAAGAGAGCAAGAAAAAGCUGGUCACAGCGUAGACAAAGGCGUCAACGCAGUGUUCGUCUGUGUACUCGAUGAGUUGCAUGAGGAGGUUAUCUGUGGUAUCGCUGACAUGGGCGUACACAUCUCGUGUGAGAAACCAAUGAGUACGAGAUUGGAUAGUUGCAUGAGGAUGUACAGAGCACUCAGGGCCCCUGACGGCGAAAGCAAAGCCAAGGAAACGAUCUUCGGCAUCUGCCACGUAUUGCGCUAUUCGCCGCAUAAUAUGUUACUGAGACAUCUGGUGCUUGAGAAGGACGUUAUUGGGGAUGUGUUGAGUAUCGAACAUGUUGAGCCGGUCGGUUGGUGGCAUUUCUCACAUAGCUAUGUAAGGGGAAACUGGAGGAAGGAGUCAAAGACUGCACCAUCUUUGCUUACAAAGUCAUGCCACGAUAUCGAUUUCCUCAUGUGGAUGCUCUGCUCGCCUGGCCCGAACGCGGAUUACGCGACACCUCACCUUCCUUCAUUAAUCACCUCUACAGGGUCUCGCAACUUCUUCCGCAGGGAGCGCAAACCGAAGACAGCUGGGUCAGCUACAAACUGUCUUUCCUGCGCGCACGAGUCUGGAUGCGACUACAGUGCGAAGAAGAUUUAUCUUGAGAGGCAUCUGAACAACGGCAACGCGGAUUGGCCAGUGAAGAUUGUGAAUCCAGAGAUCGAAGAUAUCUAUAAGACUAUGGGAAAAGAAGCAGCUGGAAAGCAGCUUCUCAAAGAUCUGGCUGAAGACUACAGCGUCGACGCUCCAACCAGCGAAGUAGAACAACGCCCAUGGUUUGGGCGAUGUGUCUGGGAGUCCGAUAAUGAUGUCUGUGAUGACCAGAUGGUCACUAUCACCUGGGACGAUGACCCAAUCGUGAAGGACGAUGACGGCCUACCUUUGGUAUACGGUCGCGGCGCAAAGAAAGCGCAAUUCCACAUGAUCGCUUUUACUGAGAAGCAAUGCGAACGGCGAGGUCGUAUCUACGGUACCAAAGGCGAGAUUGAGUACGAUAGCACCAACAUCAAAGUUCACAACUUCUCGACAGGGCAAACCAAAACCCAUAGUCCCCAUCUUGCAGGCGGUGGUCACGGCGGUGGUGACGAGGGACUUGCGCGACAAUUCCUGAUGGCGGUCAACGCUGUCGACUCUGGCGCCAUGUCCGCGUCAGAUGCUCAGCGACAGUACCUCGGAUGCAACCUUGAGGAGGCGUUCCGCAGCCAUGCCAUGGUUUUCGCGGCCGAAGACGCUCGAACGAAGCGCCAAGUGGUCGACUGGAAGAAGUGGUGGGCCGAGUCGGUGGAGUCUCAAUUACACCAGCGGUAA